AAUUGAAGAACAUUUAUUGGUGCAUGACUGAUAUUUACGUUAUUAAUAAUGUUAAGAAAGAAAUUUGAAGCUGUUUCAAUGUAAAAUGAAGAUUCCUCGUAAUUUAAAAAUGAUAUUCUUUCAUCUAACGCAUUGUCUAGUAUACAUUUGAUUAGUGAGUCGUUUUAAAUGUACGCUAUAUACUAGUCGACGAUGUGUAGAGUGGACAGUUUUGUUAGACAGCAAUAUGAAUUAACCCAUCUGAUGCUUAUUUUAUAAGGUAUUCCUAGGGAAGCAAAGUUUUUUUCUAUGCAGCAGUAUUCAUGGAUGCUGCAAAUGGAGCAGCAAUAAUGAUGAACAUUUCAUCAUUCAAUGUUGUAGGAAAAAACUUUACUUAUCCUGCAGAUAGCGGCCCUGGAAUGACAUUUAUCUGUGAUGCAAUGUGCAAGCUGCUACUUUCGGAUUUGGAAGCAACAUGAAAGUUAUAAAGUUACCAUGUAUUUUACUAUGUAUAAUAUACUUUUAAAUGUGAGAUUAAGCUAAUACACUUUCACUGUAAAAACUAUGUAUGUGAUCAUACAACCAGGUACAGGAGUGAAGUUGUGUUGAAUAGUGGUGGUUCCUGUGCUUUUUGAGAGGAGGAGAUAUGGCAAGGAAGUCUGAAACUCAGCGAUCUUUUAAUAUAGCUGUUGUGGGGUUAUCUGGAACAGAAAAGGAAAAAGGAAGCACCGGUGUUGGAAAAUCCUGCCUUUGUAACCGCUUUAUUCGUUCAUUAGCUGAUGAUUAUUAUACAGAUCACAUAUCUGUUUUAAGUCAGACAGAUUUUAGCGGUAGAGUUGUCAAUAAUGAUCAUUUCCUGUACUGGGGGGAAGCUUCAAAGCUUUCAGAAGAAGGUGUUGAUUUCCUUUUCCAUGUCAUUGAACAAACAGAGUUCAUUGAUGAUUCUUCAUUUCAACCUUUCAAGAGCGGGAAAACUGACCCCUAUUAUAAGAGAUGCUCUGCCACUAAGCUAACAUCUGCUGAGAAGCUAAUGUAUAUAUGCAAGAACCAAUUAGGCAUUGAGAAAGAAUAUGAACAAAAAUUAUUACCAGAUGGAAAAAUCAACAUUGAUGGUUUUGUUUGUUGUUUUGAUGUCAGCGAUGUACAAGGCAGAAGCAUAGAAAAACAAGUAGAAUUUACAGCUUUAAUCCUUAAUAAUCUUCUCAAAACAAAAAAACCCAUAGUCCUUGCAACAACUAAAAACGAUGAAGCAAAAGAAAUGUAUGUAAAAGAAGCUGAACGGUUGGUUAGUAGGAAGGAAUUCAAGAACAAUAUUCCAAUUGUGGAAACAUCAGCGCAUGAAAAUGUCAAUGUAGAUUUGACUUUUAUAAUUACUGCACAAAUGAUAGAUCGGACUAAAGGCAAGGCAAAACUUGUGCCAUUCUUCGACUCUGCUAGGUCUCGAAAGGAAGUGCUAGAUUUUUGUACUGAAGCAUACCAAUCCCUUAUUCGAGCCCAAGUCACUGAUUAUAGAGCAUUAUGGAGCUCUGUAAGUAAAAAGUUUUCUCAGAACCAAGAUUUUAUUCAUUACUGCGAACUUUUUGGACAUGAUGCUGCACAAAAAAUGUUUCGUAGGCAUGUAAAAAAAUUAAAAGAAGAAUAUAUUGGUAGAAAAAUGCAAAUGUAUAUUAGGAUAUUACCUGAAGUACUUAGUGAAUUAUUACCUGACCUUGCCAGUAUUGGAGAUGGAGAAUGGCAAAAUGUUCGAAUCAAACUUCAACAGCAUCCAGAUUUUAGUCAAUAUUUUCUUGAAAGUCCAGAUGAACAACCAUGGCAAGAAAGUGAUUUAGUUGACAGCAACGAAACAAGAAUUCCUCUUGAUAUUCUGGAUUCUUCUGAAGCUGAGGCCUGUUUUGAGCAGCAUAAAGCAUCACUAGAAGCAGAAGAUCAUAGAAAAGACAUGCGUCAUGAGUUUAAAGAGCUUCUGGAAGAAACUGGUUAUGUAACUCCAGGAAAGCCUCUAUCUGAAGUGCAAGUGCUAUUCAUGGGAAGAGGAUGUUAUGAAUCACUAUCUGAACAAGAUUUGUUGGAAAUUUAUGAUGAGCACCAAAGAGAAAUUACUGAAAAAGCUAAGCAAAAUUUUCAAGAGCUUUUAUUAGAAAAUGCUGAAAUUUUUUAUCAUUUUACAAGCAUUGGACCUGGCAGUGUAAUUACUCAAGAAGACAUCAAUAAAAUUACAGAUAAGCUUCAAGAAGAUUUAAGGUACAAAACAUUAGACCGUUUGGAUCAAGAUCGUAUGUUGAUGCUACUCCGUCAUUUGGGAUUUGUUCAUGGACCUAUUCGGGAACAUUGUCCUGCAUCUCACAAGUGUAUGGACACGUUAGUUGAAAAAGCAAUUGCCCAAAAAGCACAUAGACCUUCUUCUUGGCAGAGGAAUAGUCAUUGGUUGUUAGAAGCAGAGAAUAAUCAACUUAAUUUAGUGCUUUUAGGUUCUGGUGGUUUAGCAGAAGAGCUUGCCAACAUUAUUAAGGCACAAUGUACAGAUGACAUGUUUGAAGUUGACAAAAUUCAGUAUACUUUGGAUUUUAGAAUCAUUGAAGGAGAUGUUGGAUUGCCUCAAAAUUCAUUUAGAACCUCAGACUUUCUGCCUCAUGGCUGUUUCUGUGUGUAUUCAAAUCAUCAAACUUUAGAAUACAUUAGAGACAGCUUGGAAAAAACAUUGUUAUCUAACUUGGAGCAGGAGGACAGAUUGCCUUUUCAUGGUCUUCCCAUUAUUAUUUUGUUUGCAGCUGAUAACAGUAUCAAUGAAAAGGAUCUGAUUUUUUUGAGGGAAGAAGGCCAAAACAGGGCAAAAAGUUUGCAAUGUCCAUUUCUGGAUGUAAGCUGUCCAGAUGAUGCAGGCGACCAACGCUUUGAAGUUGCUAGUCUUGUACAAGCAUUACAGUCUUUAAUUGAAAGCAUACAAAGAAGAGCUGGACUCCUGCAAAUUUAUCACACUUUACCAGAACAAGCAAUUAAUCCUGAUAUUAGAAUCAUUAUGUGUAUGUUGUGUGGUGAUCCAUAUUCAGUGGAGCAUGUUCUUGGGCCAUUGCUAAGUCAUCAGUGUUGUUUUGUUACUGUUCCUCAUACAAUCACUUUGGAAACAUAUUUGGGAGAUUCAAAAAGAAGCGUAGAAGUUAGAGUAACAUCUUAUCAUGGUGCCAAUUCCUAUCGAGAUGAGCUUGUUCAUGGCUUUAUCUUGGUGUAUUCGACAAAACGGAAAGCUUCUUUAGCAACAUUAGGUGCAUUCUCGAUGAAUAUUCCAAACAUUCCUAUUCAAAUUUUAGCAGUCACUGAAACAGGGAGUGCAAAUGCAUUUUUUUCUAGUGAUUUAUCGCAUCAGUUAAUAACAGAAGGUAAUGCUGUUGCUGAUAAGUUACAAGCUCACUUUAUGACCUCUAGCUCAACAAGUCAGCAAAAAACUGCAUUCUACACUCCUUUUUUCAAAGAAGUUUGGGAACGAAAGCCUCAGAUUGAAAAAGCUUUCAGCUUAGAAGAUUCUGAUUAUUCAAUCGGUAGUCGGACACCUGUGCCACCUCCUGUGCCUUCAAGACAGGAGUCGUAUCACUUACGAAGUGGUUCAUUAGAAGAUGGUGGAGACUCUGAAGGUUUAUAUGAGCAGCUUCCUGUAGAAAGUGGCCAUGGGCCUGAUGAUGGAUCAGUGUCACCCUCUCGUUUUAUUGAUGGCUUACCGUUAAGUCCUAGUGAUGAUAGUGAUUUAUAUGCCAGUGUCUUCAAUCAGGAAAAUGGGGAGCAUUUGGUUAAACCUAGCCAAAUAAAGAAUAGGAGAAGCUUACAAGCUGAGCUAUAUCGGCAGUCUUUUCCAAGUACAGAAUCUUUGGAUCGUUCAGUAUCAAUGAAAUCCCGUGACAACAAUGGUCCUCCUCCACCUUUGCCCCCCUCUCGUCAUGACAGAGACCCACAUUCUGGCAUUGAUCUUGCAUACCCUCCUCCAACGCUUGGCACUUUUACUGGCAAUGCUUCUCCUCCGCCUUCAUACCACAGUCCAGUGCAUUAUUCUCCUCGACUCCCUCCACACCCACUCCCUUUACCCUCAUCUUUAUAUGCUACUGGUCGAAGACGACCUCCUGCUCCUGAUAGAGCUUUGCCUUUCCCUCCAUAUGAACUGAAAAAAUCAAACAGUUUGAAAUCUUGUGGCAUAGGAAUGCCAUCAACUCCAUCUGCUCAGAGUCUUAGUCACCCAGAUUCUGGUCAAGGAUCAAGAAUUCCAGAUGACUUAGAUGCAUCUGACAGCAUUACUGAUGAUGAUGAUGACACUAUUUCAUCUGGGCUAAGUGGUUGGGUUGAAAAUAGGAUGUAUGGACGUGAUGUAGAUUGGUCUGAAAGUGAUACCUAUCAUACUUAUCAUGCUGAUCGACAAAAGGUACCACCUCCUACAAAGCCUAAGCCUGGAAAACCAAAGCCAAAAAAGAUAGAUCUGAAGCAAUAUGGUCACUUAACUGAUGCAAUUGGAAGAAUAAAUUUAACAUCUCAUAAAUCUGGAGCUACUCUUCCUAAGGUUGGUUUAGUUCAUGCUCCUUUGGCUACUCCUGAAAGCAUGGAUCUUGGCAAUGAAUAUGCUCAAGUUAAGGAUGCAGUUCACCUUUUCUCAGCAGAUAGAAAUGAUUAUGAGUAUGCUGUUGUUCAUAAUGCUUUACCUGACAGCAAGCCUCACCGAAUAAGAUCAUUAACUCGAAAACAUGGCAAUCGAGAAACUUUUGAUCGUGGCUCUGAUUCAGAAAGUGAGUGGAGUUCACUGGAACGUAGACAAAGAGAGGUCUAUACUAAAGCAAAUCGUAAACCCACCCCUCACAAGAAAACACGUAAAAAGCGUGGCAUACCUGUUGCUCCUCCUCGGAUCCCUUCAUUUGAGGGACCACUGCCUCCAGUCCCGUCAUUUCCUGGGGGUCAGAGGAUUGUGACUGCUCAAUCUCUUGAUCCACUUGAUAAAGCAAAGUUAAAGUUAGAACAAUCUCUAACUUCUGUUCCUCCUCAUGAAGAUGAUUCAAGUUAUGAAGUAGCUUCACCUAGAGAUAAUACUACUACUUCUAGGGGAAAAACAGAGAAUGAUAAAACAGCAAAAAAGAAAGAAGAACGUAAAAAGAAUCGAGAAGAUGAAAAACAAGAGAAGCGGAGACUAAAAGAAGAAGAACGAUUAAAAAGGUUAACUGAGAAAAAGAAAAAGAAAGCAGCUCAGGGAAAAAGUGGUACUAUAACUCAACAGUUACAAGGUAUUGAAGACUUCAUGCAGUCUGAAGACAAUCCUACUCCAUUAUUUGUAGAGAAAUGUAUAAAAUUUAUUGAAGAAGAAGGAUUAGAUUCUGAAGGAAUUUAUCGAGUACCAGGAAACCGGGCUCACGUAGAUCUACUUUUUCAAAAGUUUGAUGAAGAUUCAUCAAUUUCCAUUAGAGAAUUGGAUAUUCCUGUUAAUGCUGUUGCAACAGCUUUAAAAGAUUUCUUUUCAAAAAGACUUCCUCCUCUCAUUCCACCAUGCCUAAUGAAUGAAUUAACAGAAAUAUCAGGUGCAUCAUAUUCUUCUUCUGGCAUUCAAGAUAAAAGUUGUAGGCUUUUUACAUUGAGGGAUCUCUUGAAAAAGCUCCCAACCUGUAAUUUUGAAGUUUUAAAAUUUGUCUUUCAGCAUUUUGUUAAAGUUGCAGACAAUUGUCGAUUAAAUAGCAUGGACAGUAAAAAUUUAGCCAUUUGUUGGUGGCCAACUCUGCUUCCUUUAGAAUUCAGUGAUAUGAUGAUGUUUGAAAGAAUGAGGCCACAUUUAGAAGAUUCUGUACAAACUAUGAUUGAUCAAUUCAGAUUUCUUUUUUGUGGAGAAGAAGAAGUUGUAAUGGUGUGAUUAGACAUUUAACAAAAGGGUUCUUAAUUUCAUGGCAAUUUUAAUUGCAACUUACAGCUCUAGGAGAUCUGUUGGAAUGCUGCUGUGCUGUCGGAAAGUUUUAAAGAAUGCUAUAGGUGGCAGAACCUGCCAAAUAUUUCAAUGGCUAUUGCUAUAGAGCAACCAGCAAAAAUUGUAUGCCUAUUUACUUUUACACGAAGCCCAUAGUCCUUUCACCUCAGUGAAGAAGCCAUAUCAGUGGUUUAAUCAUUUUAUGUGCUUUAAAUGACUGACAGCUCACCUAAUAUUAUUUAAUCAUUGCCUCCUGGUAAGCCAUUUACUCAUGUAUGUAGAUGACUCAAGUAUCUAGAAUUCUCUAGUGUUACAUAACGAGUAUGAAUGUGACAUUAUGGAGUGUUAAAAAAGUGAAUUUUUUAUGUUUUUUGUCAUGUCUCUCCAGAUCACAAUAUUUUUAUUUACAAUUAAUACAGUGCCAUUGGACAUUUUUGUGAGCUGCAUAGAAGAAAACGUAAGGCUGUGUUUUUGCUAUUGUAUUGAUACCAUCUGCACUGCUAUGAUUUUUCGUAGCUCAUUGUAUUCAGAUCUAAGUGUCACCGAGAUUAGUUCAUUCCUGAAAACGAUCUUGUUAUUUUCAUGGUAUGCAAGCACAGUCAUCAGUCUGAGUUCCUUACGGCAGUUGAAGCACCAGCAGAGUUUUGUUCAAAUAUAGUCAUAAUUGCUCUCCAAGCUGAACUGCAUGUAUGGCAGAGCAGCAUCACACUUUAAAAAGUGGAGUGCGUUUUCUGUACAUUUGAUUGAAUUAUGUAAAUUUCGUUUUUGUACAAAGAUUCCAAAAAAAAACAACAAAAAAACUGCGCACUAUCCUUUUUACAGCUUCCUACUUUGUUUUUUGUGUAUGUGAUAUUGUCCUUGAAAUGAUAUAUGUGGUAAAUGAGUUUAGGGUAUCUUGUUGUACAGAAAGGCUGCUGUUUGGUGAUGUGUACAGAGAAGCCAACAAAUGAAUGUUUGAUACCCUUGGUUCCUGAAUUUAGCACAAUUCUUAAUUUAAUACCAAAAUUUUUGCUAUUAAACAUGCAUUUUUGUAAUAGCGACAUAUCGGAGUGUAUGUAUUUAUAGUUUAAAACAAUAAUCAUUUAAAAAAUGGAUUAAAAAUUGUUUUAUGAAUAAACAAAAACUUUUCACUAGUCAUCAAACUUCUAUUGAAAUGUGUAUGAAUCUCAUGUAUAACAAGUUUUGUAAAAUUCGUUUUCAGAGAUCUAAAUUAUUUAUAAGUAUAUUUUGCAAAGGGAUUUGUUUUUAUAUCCCUUUUCCAAAUGCUACAUUAUCAGAAAAUUCAAAUUCAAUUGAUUCUGUCUUUUGACUUCUGAAAAGCAUAAGCUAUAAUUUAGUGAUCAUUGAGUUGCCUUACCCUGUGUAGUUGUUAGCUGUUAAACAACUACAAAAUCUAUACAUACAUAUAUAUGUAUAUAUAUGAAGGCAUGUGUAGGCUUAUUUGAAAAGUUUUUCUGAAGUUUUAUGCUUUUUUUAAAUAGUAGAAAUGCAUUAUUUUUAACACUUAUCAAAGUUUUCUAUUUAUAACUCCAAGGAAAUGUUUCAAUUUGAAAAAUUCAUUUUUUAAAUGACUUUUACAUGAAAUGAAUAGUCUUUUGUAAAAAAAAAAAGUAUAGCUUUUAAUUCAUAAUUUUACUUAAGUAUUUUAAAAUAACUAUUUCUGUAUGUAUAACAAUGUUCAUAUUCAUUUUUUCCUUAUGAAUUUUUUUUUUCUAAUGAGUUGAAAGUGUCAAUAUUAAUUUGUUGACUCAAAAUGCAAAACCUGAUUUUUAAAAGAGAAAAAAAAUAUUUAGGCAUGUGAUAAAUUCAGUAAUUGUUCUGUUGGACAGAAAACUUGAAUUUGCUUUAUAUUUAAGUUGUCUUGUAGUAAUACACAUGUGUCAAUUGUGGUGCAUUUUUACAGCUUUAUUAGGCUGCUGUAACCAAGAAAAUGUCCCUUUUAACUGUGAAAUUAAUUAUAUUGAUUGUUAUGUACUGUGUUUAAUAAUUUUUGAAGUUGACUUUAUCAUUGGUAAAACAAUAUUCUCCAAAAUAUCAAAGUUUAAUCUCUAUUUCCAAAAUUUAAUUAUAAUGCAUGUAGGGACAUAGCAACUCUUUCCUUGUUUGAAAGAUGAGUGUUUUAAUAUUCAAAUCCUUACAUAAGGGAAACUGUGUUAUGGAAGAUCAAAUCUAGUCAUUCAUAAUGUUAUAAAGCAAUUGUUCAUAGAAAAUUUGUGUUAUUCGUGGAAUAUGAUUUGCAAAAUAGGAAUAGCACCAAUAUCUGAAAAUAAAUUUUUUACUUUACUUGC